AUGACAGCAGAUAUGAAGUCUCAGAAAAUCGCCUUUAUCGGGGGCGGUAAUAUGGCAGGCGCUAUCAUUAGCGGCCUAGUCGCAAAAGGAUUCGAAAAGAAGCAAAUUACCGUCGCAGAACCAUGGGAAGUCAACAGGACCAAGAUGUCCGAGUUUGGCGUGAACGUUACCACCGACAACAUCGAGGCUGCCACUGGGUCGUCAAUCAUCAUCUUAGCGGUGAAGCCUCAGGUCGCAAAGAGUGUAUGCAAUGAGCUCGGUCAGAAAGCAUUCACUUCGGACGAUGCUCUACCUCUCCUGGUCUCUAUCGCUGCUGGCAUCACCAUGAGCAGUCUGAAGCAAUGGAGCACAACCUCGUCUGGCAAGUCUCCACCUGUGGUAAGAGUCAUGCCGAAUACUCCUGCACUACUUGGCGAAGGCGCAAGUGGCGUCUAUGCCGGCAGCGACGUCUCCAAAGCACAAAAGGAACAGGUCACCGCGCUAUUACAAAGCGUCAGCCGCUCCUUGGAGUGGGUCGAUAGAGAGGAGCUACUUGACGCCGUCACGGCUGUAUCAGGAAGUGGUCCAGCCUACUUCUUCGCCAUGGUCGAGCACAUGAUCGCAAGUGGUGUCAAGCUAGGGCUUUCUGAGGAGCAGGCUACGAAGUUAGCAUCACAGACUUGCUUAGGUGCUGGCAAGAUGCUUGUCGAGGCUUCUGACUCACCGAGUCAGCUACGGAAGAAUGUCACAAGUCCUAACGGAACUACGCAGGCUGCACUGGAGAGUUUCGAGGCGUCUGAUUUCGCAAGUAUUGUUGAUAAGGCUGUCAAGGCUGCAAGUGAUAGAGCUGAGCAGCUAGGGAGCGAGUUGGGAAAGCAGUAG